AUGCCAAAAAGUGAUAAUUGGACGCUCGAAGGCGGUUAUCUCCAAGGCGAAAGCUUGGAGGUGUUUCCCAGGAGAAGCUUCAUGUCGGGAACCGACGGCGGUUUAACCAUGAAGUACGUCUACACCAACGACAGUCACUUAGAUUAUUUGUGCGGAGAAUGUAUCCAGGGGUUCAAGGUUGCCUUGCAUCACCCUUCUGAACUCCCCAACAUGGAUAAGCACUUCAGGUUGCCGUUAAACCACGCGGUGUUUGUCGGUGUCAAACCGUCGCUGACCGUAUCAACGGAGUUGUUGGACUACUCCCCCAAGGCUAGAAAGUGCUACUUUUUCAGCGAGAAGUACUUGGCUAGCUACAAACUGUACACGCAACAAAACUGCCUAUACGAGUGUCUAGCAAAUUAUACCUUGGAACAUUGCGGAUGCAUUCCUUUUUAUUUUGCAGCCAUCGAUAUAGAAGCUGAGAUCUGCGGGCCAGGUCGGUCCCAAUGCGUCAAAGAGAGUAAACUGAAGUACCUGAAAAACGAGGAGAAUUCAAAUCCGGAAGACCAGUGUGACUGCCUCCCGUCGUGCACCUCCUUAUCGUACGAGGUUGAAACAUCGCAAUCAGAUUGGAGGUGGCAGAAGGCGAUGGACGUCAUCAAAAGACCUCAGUUGGCGAACGUAAGCCUAAACAGUAUGUACCUAUCCAAGUUGACCGUCUUUUACAAAGACCAACAAUUUCUGAACUGUCGAAGGAUUGAAAUGUAUGGUUUUCUUGACUUCUUUUCGAAUAUCGGUGGCCUCCUAGGAUUACUUAUCGGAUUUUCGGUUACAUCUGCCAUUGAGAUCGUCUACUUUUUAACACUUCGAAUUAUAUGCAAUAUCAAGCGGUACGGUGGAGGUGGCUGGUUUGGAAGGGCGAGUGAACCAAAAAAAUAA